UUUCUAUUUAUUGAGGACUUGCUUGUGUCAGGCACUCUACUUGGCACUCAACAUACCAAUUUAUUCCCCACAAGAGCCCUAUGAGGUAGGUUCUGCUUGAAAUGGAUAAAAUAUAUUCCGUUGGGAAAAGGAGUCCACAAAUAGCCUAGAACCAUCAGGGGAGUGGCAGGAGAACAUAAUGGCCUGGCGUUAUAGACGUCAAGAGGGAAGGACUUUCAAAAAGGAUUCAUGUCCAGUGCUGCCAAGAAGUCAGUAAGGGUUGGACCAGCUGACCUGAUCCUGGCCAGUGGCCGGUCCUCCAUCACAGCCACCCCGCCAUCCUGGCCAACCGGGAUUAUGUUUCCCUUCAAGGUGAGAAAAUGGAUGGGGCUUGCCUGCUUCCGCUCGCUGGUGGUCUCCUCCUCCAGCAUUCGCCAAAAGAAACUAAUCGACAAGCUCCGGGAAGAAAAGGCCUUCCGCGAGGAGAUGAGACACUUCCGGGAGAAGAUCGAAGACUUCCGGGAAGAGAUGUGGGAUUUCCGGAGCAAGAUGCGUGCCUUCCGCAGUGAGAUCUUGGGCUUUUGGGAAGAGGAGAGGCCUCUCUGGGAAGAGGAGAAAACCUUCUGGAAAGAGGAAAAAGCCUUCUGGGAAAUGGAAAAAUCUUUUCGGGAAGAAGAGAAAGCCUUUUGGAAAAAGUACCGAAUCUUCUGGAAGGAAGACAGGGCCUUCUGGAAGAAGGACAACGCCUUGUGGGAAAGAGACCGGAACCUCCUUCAGGAGGACAGGGUCCUAUGGGAGGAAGAAAAGGCCCUGUGGGUGGAGGAGAGAGCCCUCCUGGAGGAGGAGAAGGUCCUCUGGGAAGAUAAGAAGUCCCUCUGGGAGGAGGAGAAUGCCCUCUGGGAGGAGGAGAAGGCCACCUGGGUGGAAGGGGUUGUUCCGAUUGUGGAGCAGCUGGUGCUGGAAGGUGGGCACCGCCAAGUCAGCGGCAGGCCCCGGUUGCCAGCCUCCUCCCGGGGCAGGGCGUGAGCACAAGAGGCACUGGAUUGGGACUCGAGUGGAGUCACACUCAGGGUGACCCCCGCAUGCCUAAAAAAAAUAUGCUCUUAUUUGUCUCCUGGCUUCAAAAGAUCUAAUAAAGUCCAGAGGAGAGGUCUGGAAAACCAA